CACGCCGACACCCAGGUCAAGCUCUCCAUCCGGCGCCUGCUCGCCACCGGCGUCCUCAAGCAGACCAAAGGGGUCGGCGCUUCCGGCUCUUUCCGCUUGGCCAAGGCCGACAAGGCAAAGAAGUUCUCAGCCAAGAAAAGGAAGAAGGUGGCCAGGAAGUCCACAUCGCCUCGGAAAGCAGCUAGGUCCCGUAAGGCCAAGUCACCAGCGAAGAAGCCCAAAUCUACUGCCAGGAAAGCCAGGAAGAAGUCGAGAGCCAGCCCGAAGAAAGCCAAGAAGCCAAAGACUGUUAAGGCCAAGUCGCUGAAGCCCAAGAAGGCCAAGCGGUCGAAACCCAAAGCCAAGUCCAGCUCCCGGAAAUCACCCAAGAAGAAGUGA